AUGAGUUUAAGUUUCAAAAGUGCGUUUUCCCUGUGCAACAGGAGGACUUUGACGAGUUUUUCGGGCUUCUCGCCGUUGAGAAACAGUAUGGCAACGGGAUCAAUUUGCCGCACGAAUUUGAUGCUCGGGGCUAGUCCCGAACCAGCUGUGCCGUCGUUCUUGGGCUCGGUACUGGGAUUAACCCAGAGAAGAUGGAAAAGCAGGGGAAACACAUUUCAACCAAGUACUUUGAAAAGGAAAAGGAGAGUUGGAUUCUUGGCCAGAGCGAAGAGCAAAAUCGGAUCCAAGAUCCUCAAACGCCGGAAGGAAAAGGGUAGGUGGUAUUUGACGCACUAG